CCACUGCGCGACCGUGAGACGGAAGAUGCGGAGUGUGGUAGCCUGACGGGGUAGAACACCAUUACUGUAGCAGAUGAACCUGUACUGUAACCGAUAGCAGCGGUUCUUUCAAGCGCCAGAGCGGGAGACUGACUAUAUUUUAAUCUGCGUUGAAGAAUCUCAUCGGGGACGUGGCAGGGAAUAUCCGUGAAUCUGCGACAAAGAAAGAAGCGUAGCAUUCGGCCUUUGAGAAAAGAAGACGUUAACACUGAAUGACAUGGUGUCUUUGUUUCUGCUUAUGAUCCUCUGCAUUGGCGCGUCUGUCCCAGAUCCGACAACCGUAGAUGUAUGUGAGCCCAUCUCUUGUGAAAAUGAUGCAGACUGCUUCAGCACACCAACAGAUGAGGUUUUGUCUUCGUCAUGCCAUCCAAACCCUUGCCAUAAUCGAGGAGUGUGUGAAGUUGGUGAGGGCUUUGUUGGAUAUCUGUGCAAGUGUCCGUCUGGCUUCAGUGGUGUCCACUGUCAAUACAAUAUUAAUGAAUGUGAGAAAAAACCAUGCAAAAACGGAGGCAUUUGCACAGACCUGACAGCAAAUUACUCCUGUGAAUGUUCUGGGGAAUACAUGGGGAGGAACUGUCAGUACAGGUGUUCUGGACCUUUAGGAAUGGAAGGUGGAAUCAUCUCUAACCAGCAAAUAACAGGCUCCUCCACUCACCGUGCGCUGUUUGGCCUGCAGAAAUGGUAUCCUUACUUUGCCCGGCUCAACAAAAAAGGUCUUGUUAAUGCCUGGAGUGCUGCAGAGAAUGAUCGCUGGCCAUGGCUUCAGGUAAAUCUACAGAGACAGAUGAGAGUGACUGGACUGAUAACACAAGGUGCAAAACAUAUUGGGAGUCCUGAGUAUGUGAAGUCAUACAAAGUGGCCUACAGUGAUGACGGAAAAACCUGGAGCAUGCAUAAAGUCAAGGACACUGAUGAAGACAUGAUUUUCACUGGCAACACUGAUAACAACACACCUUCUGCAAAUUCCUUCAGCCCACCAAUUGAAGCACAGUAUAUUCGCAUUUAUCCACAAGUCUGCAGAAAGCACUGCACGCUGCGUAUGGAACUACUCGGCUGUGAGCUCACAGGAUGCUCUGAGCCAAUGGGGAUGAAGACAGGACACAUCCAGGAUUAUCAAAUCAGCUCUUCCAGUGUGUUCCAGACCCUUAACAUGGGCAUGUUCUUGUGGGAGCCCAGCAAGGCCAGGCUAGAUAAGCAGGGCAAGGUCAAUGCAUGGACAUCUGCCCAUAAUGACCAGUCACAGUGGCUACAGGUGGAUCUCCUGCUUCCGACCAAAGUCACUGGAAUCAUCACCCAAGGAGCAAAAGAUUUUGGCCAUGUGCAGUUUGUGGGUUCAUAUAAGCUGGCAUACAGUAAUGAUGGUGAAAAGUGGCAUAUAUACCAGGAUGAAAAACAAAAAAAAGAUAAGAUCUUCCAAGGUAAUUUUGACAAUGAAACACACAGAAAGAAUGUUAUAGAUCCUCCGAUCUACGCUCGGUUUGUCCGAAUCGUUCCGUGGUCCUGGUAUGGACGCAUCACCAUGAGAGCGGAAUUGCUGGGAUGCCGAGAGGAGGAAUAAAACAGAUAAAAUCAUUCCCUCCAUUAGAGACUGUUUGUAAAAA